AGACACCAUUUUGCUCAAGCGAUCGCUAUCUUGAACACCCAGGGAUGUAAUAUCUUUGAUCAUUUCUCCCGGAAGGAUUACCAAAGGAUGCUGGACCUCAUGAGAGACAUUAUCCUGGCCACGGACCUGGCCCACCAUUUGAGGAUCUUCAAAGAUCUCCAGAAGAUGGCUGAAGUCGGCUACGACCCCAAGAACAAACAGCACCACAGCCUCCUGAUUUGCCUUCUCAUGACCUCCUGCGACCUCUCGGACCAGACCAAGGGCUGGAAAACCACCCGCAAGAUUGCGGAGCUGAUUUACAAGGAGUUCUUCUCCCAGGGAGACCUGGAGAAAGCCAUGGGCAACCGGCCGAUGGAGAUGAUGGACCGGGAGAAGGCCUACAUCCCAGAGCUGCAGAUCAGCUUCAUGGAGCACAUUGCAAUGCCCAUCUACAAGCUGCUCCAAGACCUCUUCCCCCGGUCGGCCGAGCUGUAUGAGCGGGUGGCCAGUAACCGGGAGCACUGGACCAAAGUCUCGCACAAGUUCACCAUCCGGGGCCUGCCCAGCAACAACUCCCUGGACUUCCUGGAUGAAGAAUACGACCUGCAGACCAUGGGAGAAGACAGCGAGGACAGCAUCAGGAUGAACGGCUGCCUGGAAGACGGGCACCUGGAGGAGGGGGAGGAGCUGGAAUGAUGCCCCGCCCUGGGGAGGCGGAGCCGGGAGGAAGCCCCACCUCCCCUACUUUGCAGGGACCGGACACACACAAGUGCAACUUUUUGUAACCAGGAUGGGGCUGAUUUUUGGAAACAAACAAUCAUGGUUCUUAUUUAUAUUACAGGCCCCCCUCGCGGCAAGCGUUUUCUUCUACCCAAGCCCUCCUGACACCGCCCCCACCCCAUCUCCCAUGAUGCUCUCCUGCCUCUCCCCGGCUUCAUCCAUUGACCCACAGGACUCUGCCAGCUUGCGGUUGUUGACUGCACUGUUGCGUUGUUGAGUUUGAUGAAUGCACAACCUUCUCACAGUCCUCCUCUCCCCUGCUUCCCCCGCUUCCACUGCUUCCUUGGUUCAAACAUUGCAACAUUGACCAUUGACAUCUUGCUAGAGAGUCGUUUUUGGCUUCUGGUUUGCAGGUGGAAACUCAGUCCAGGGCUUCUGGUUUGCAGACAGAAACAAAAUCUAGGGCUUCUGGUUUGCAGACAGAAACGAAAUCUAGGGCUUCUGGUUUGCAGACAGAAACAAAAUCUAGGGCUUUUGGUUUGUGGGUAGGAAGCAAAUCCAGGGCUUCUGGUUUGCAGAUAGAACCUAAGCCAAUGAUCCUGGUUUGCAAGCAGAAGUCAAAUCCAGUGUUUCUCGUUUGCCAGAUAGAAACCAAAACCAGGACACCUGGUUUGCAGAUAGAAAUUACAUCCAGGGCUUCUGGAUCACAGAUGAACCCAAUCCAAUGAUUCGGAUUUGCAAAUAGAAACCAAAUCCAGGGUCCCUGAUUUGCAGAUAGAAAAACAGAACCAAGGCCUCUGGUUUGCAGAUAGAAACCAAAUCCAGGGCUCCUGGUUUGCAAGGUUGAAACUAAUUUCAGUGCUUCUGGUUUGCAGAUAGAAACCAAAUCAAAUGUCUCCGGUUUCAGAUAGAAACCAAAUCAAAUGUCUCUGGUUUGCAGAUAGAAACCAAAUCCAGAGUGUCUGCUUUUAAGUUUGUCACCCAAUCCAGAGCAUCUGGUUUGCAAGGUAGAACUCUAAUCCAGGGUGUUUGCAGAUGGAAACCAACAUAGGGCUUCUGGUCUGCAGGUCGAAACCAAAUCCAGGACAUCUGGUUUGCAAGGUAGAAACCUCAUCCAGUAUGUCUGCUUUGCAGAUAGAAGCCAAGUCCAAAGCUUCGGGUUUUGGGGUCAAAACCAAUUCAGGGCCUCUGGUUUGCAGAUAAAAAACAAGUCCAGAGCUUCUGCUUUGAAGUUAGAAACUCAGUCCAGAGCAUCUGGCUUGCAGAUGGAAACCCAAUCCAGGGCUUCUGGUCUGCAAGUCAAAACCAAAUCCAGGGCAUCUGGUUUGCAAGGUAGAUACCACAUUCUGGACCUCUGCUUUUCAGAUAGAAACCAAAUCCAGGGCUUCAGUUUUGCAGGAAAAAGGAGGCCCUCAAUGGCCAGAGAUAUGGACAAAGCAUUCUCACUCAUUGUCUUCUCCCUCUGGGUUGAAUUCUCUUUGGGCAGGGAAGAAUAUUUGGGGAUGAACCAACCAAGGGAGUCUUUGAAAGAACUUUACUUUGUAAUUCAGCUUUACAAAUGGAUGACCAGGCUCGUCCAUUGGUGGUCUGUAAGUGAAGGAGAAGCAACCCAAGGUUUUGCAAACAGGGUUUCAAGUCGCCCUCAUUCUCACGCCAUUCCACCGAAUUCUGGGCCCCCAUAUGAUGCAACCUGGGGUUAUUCCGCGUUUGUAGCCUCUGGUGCUCACCAGCAAUGGGCAGAAUUCCCCAUCCAUCCUUUCUACAAAUAAUACAGGUUUCCUAAGUUAA